AUGGCCAUUCAGUUCCUCGUGAUUGCCAUUGAUGGAUCAGAGCUUGUUUGUGGAUAUACACUCCUCAUUCCACUCGAUCGCCUUCUUAGGGAAGCAUUAUACUUAGCCUAUAUAUAUCAGCUUUGCGAGCCCGCAACUCCUUCAUUACUCCUCAAACAUCUUCUAGCUAGCAAAAGAGCUGCAGCAACUCUGAAAGAAGCCAGUGCAGAAAGCAGGAUCCCAUUGGUGGAUAAAAAGCGUACGUCGAAGCCCAACCCUCAGUUCCUAACAAAUCGAAAGGCCGGUAAGGCUGGUGCUGGUGCCCCGAAAUUACCGCAAGCUACCUUCAAGGAAGGCGCGGCAAGCAUGGAAACUAAGGCAGUCGUGGACAGUACUACUGAUGAUGAAGACGCGGAUGAACCAAACACAGCCAGGCAUUCAGUUCCAUCAUCAACUGGCCAGAGUCACCAUCUCUUUCUUUGUGAUACUAAAAGAAACUGCUGAAGUACUAGAUCAUACUGAUCAGUACUCUUUUAAGGCCGGCAGACCAAGAAGCAUAUACUAAAUACAGUACCGAAUAUGGUGGCGUAGUACUAUAUAUGGCUUGCAAUAAAGUGAAACCAAACAUUGUAGUAGCCAAAUUAAGCAUAUAUGUAUAUAUGCAUGGCAUGCACAUGUUCAAUUAUUAGUUUCACUAAGAUGCAUUAAGUAUGCAUCAUGUAUAUCCGUUUUGUGCGACAGGCUAGAUAUGGCUUGUACACAGACUAAACAUGUUGUGAAUUAUAGCUAUUUUCAAAAUAAAAGGAGUCAAAGGGCCAUGCAUGCAUGACAUGAUUAUGUGUAACGGCCAGGUUCCGGAUGGGUCAAAGAGUUACUUGUUACUUAAAAUCAUAUCUCAA